AUGAAAUAUCUUUGGGUUCUUUCUCUACUGGUGUUCACACUUUUACUCCAUAUUCAGUCGAUUUAUGCCCAAGGAGUUAGCAAAACGGGCAAGAAAGACGGCAAUGCGAUUUUUAAAAGCGGUGUGAAUGUUCCCCAGGGAAAGUUUCAUUUCAAGAACAUCAAAACAGGAAAAUACCUCGACUUCUUGCCAGGAAAUCUACCCGAACCUGUAGCCGGAAAGAAGUCUGCCUCCAAUUUGUGGAUUGUAAAGCGAUAUUCCAACAAAUACUUUGAAAUUCGCCAUGAUCAUGGAACUGCAAAAAAAUGCUUGUCUGCUCGCUGGACUAAAGGAGUUGACGAUGCGGGUGUUAUGUGGCAAUGCGAGCUCAAAAACAUGAAAAGAUCACUUGGAGACCAAACUCUCGACAACGAGGAUAUUGAGGCCAUCGAAACCAAUGAAACGCUCUCUAAACGUUACGCACCAAUAGUCUGGACAAAACAGGUGUGGGUAUUUGUUCCUGUUUCCGGAAAAGCAAAGACAUACAAGAUCAUUGCCGUUGACCACUUGUAUGACAUGACACCCAAGUGUUUAUCCCACAAGCCAACCGGUGGUAAAGGCAAACGAGGUGGAACUAUACUCAAAAGCUGCAAAUACAAUACAAAGGAUACCAGCCUUUAUUGGAAGAUGGAGUAG